GACAUGAUGCGCACGGGUCUCCUGCAGCAAUUGGAAGGCCGCUUUCGCCGCAAGACGAGCCUGGAUACCGCCACCAUCGACCACACUACAACGCGGGCAUUCAACGACGCCGCCGCACUCAACAAUGAUGUUGGCGUCGAAGGUGGUGUCCUUGGCCUUCUACGAUCCACGCCCACGGGCCAUGGCGUGUGUCGGAAGCGGCGGCGGGAGGGCGACGCGGCGGAUGUCGCUGCCCGUCGGCCGGCGACGCAUGUUGUGGCUGCGUUCACGACGCCAAGUAUGGGUAUCGGUAUCUACUGCAGCGACGACAGCGCGCCUCGGGCGCAAAUUGUCCGCAGUACGGAGAAGGACAUCCUUGUUGUCCAGGUGUUGCCUUGCGGUGCCAAGGACCAGACGACAAACACCUUGGACGUAAAAUAGAGAGAAAUGACAAAAUAUCCAGUG